UUGGGAAUGACGUAACUACCGUAAAACAAUAUGGCGUCCUCAAAAUGAAAGAUGAUUGCAAAUGAGUUUAACCGGAUGGACAGCUGCCUCUCUUGAGGCACGGGUGUUGUCCGACGCAACAUUUUAAAAAGAAUAGGUAAAUGUUGGAGGCGUUGCCGAGUGCGCCUGUUUAUUUUGAGCACGGACCUUCGGUUUUAGCCCAGCGGCGAGUCGGCGACAGCGGUCAAGAUGGACAGUGGAGAGUACAUCUCCCCAAUGGAGAACGUGGACCCGACUUUAGCCGAGUUAGUAGGAGAUGAAUUCACACUCGGGGACAUCGAUGAGAUGCUGCAGUAUGUCACCAACCAGGCGGGAGACUUCCCAGACCUUUUUGAAGAGCAGAUGACCACCUCAGGCUCUCUCAUCGCCACCCCUCGACCUGCCAAUCAAAACCCCCAAACUCUCCAAGCAUCUACCCCCGUUCAUUACCCCAAUGUAGACCUCUCUGUCUCCCAGACGCCGUCACCCAAGUCUGCAUCGCUCCCCCCUUCUGUCUCUCCUGCUCAAACCCCUUCCCCUACCACAGCAUCCACAGGGCAGCAGCAAGUGACCCGCAGCCCCCCGCCCCUCCAGCCGCGACCUCAAGUGGUCCAACCCAUUCAACCCCAACCGAUGGCCCAGCCCACCAUCCAGAUGCAGACCCAGGGGAUCCCAGUGCAGACUCAGCGAUUCCCAGUUCACACCCUGGUUCCAACACCCAUCCCGACACAGGGGACCCAAACUGUGAUGAUUGCCUCCAACAGUGGGCAGUCCCGUUUUAUCCCAAACCCCGUCAUCUGCCACCAAAGCCCUGCUCCUGGUUUCCCAGUGCUCCAACCACCGAGCAUCAUGACGUCAUCGCAACUCCAACCGGUGACAAUUCAGCACCAGCGCCUUCUAACGCCAACUGGUCAAACCAUCCAGACUUUCGCCACGGCGCCCACUACAGUCCAUGCUGUGCCACAGCAGGUGCAGCAAGUACCUGUUUUGGUUCCACAGCCUCAGAUCCUAAAGACAGAUUCCCUGGUUGUGACCACACUUAAACCAGAAUGUACUCAGGUUCUCACAACCAUGCAGAACGCAGCAGGGAUCACCACCUUGACCACGCCGCUCCAGAACACGACACUGCAAGUCCCGGUGUACGGCUAUCAGUACCCUCAAAAGGCGACUAUUCCUUUUGUGAUGGGCGGUGGAGAUAAGCUCACGAUCAAGCAGCUUCAAUCAGGCUCUCCCCAAAACACAAAUGUCACCAUAUCUAGCGGCGAGCAGAGCCCGGUGACUGGGGGUGUGGUUUGCCAAGGAGGGGUGGUGAAAGAGGGCGAGAGGAGAACCACCCACAACAUUGUUGAAAAGAGGUACCGCUCAUCCAUCAAUGACAAGAUCGUGGAGCUCAAAGACUUGGUUAUGGGCAGUGACGUCAAGAUGCACAAGUCAGGAGUGUUGAGCAAAGCUAUUGACUGCAUCAAGUACCUGAAACAGGUCAACCACAAACUCCGACAGGAGAACUUGACCCUCAGGAUGGCCAACCAGAGGAACAAGCCUGAGAUACUGUCUGAGGAUAUGGAGCCUAAAGAGGACAUGGGGAUGAUAUCGCCUCCAGCCUCCGAUUCGGGCUCACCCCGUCAAUAUUCUCCAUUCAGUGUGGACUCGGAGCCUGGCAGCCCCUUACUCGAUCACGAUCUGAUGAAGUGCGAGCCAGACUCUCCUUCCUCUGUCGGUGUGAUGGAUCGUUCUCGUCUGCUUCUCUGUGCGCUGACCUUCUUCUGUCUGUCUCUGAACCCACUACCCUCUCUGUUGGGGUCCGAGUCUUCAUCGAGCCAAAGUCUCUCUACAGGGCAUGGGCCUUCUAGAACGCUUGUCUGGCUCCCGAGUCCCACACAGGACUUUGCUUCAUGGCUGCGCUGUCUGUUGCCAUGGGUGGUGGUUUGGGUCAUCAGUGGCCUGGGAGCAGUGUGGGGUUGUGUCCGGGUGCUCUACCUUUGGGAACCUGUCACGCCCCUUCACUCCCCUAAGUCGGUGUCCUUCUGGAGGCACCGCAAGCAAGCUGAUGUGCACCUUAAGAACGGGGAUUAUGCUGCUGCGUUGACCCGUUUAGAGACAUGCUUGUCCAUUUUGACCAGAGCGCUGCCCUCCACCAAACUGGAUCUGGUCUGCUCGUUGUCCUGGAAUGUGAUUCGCUAUUGUUUGCAUCGCCCAACCCCGCUCGGCUGGUUGGUUCACCAAGUCAGGGGAAAACACGAGGGGGACGAGGCUAGGACAAGUGCAAAGGACGCAGCACUGGUUUACCACCGUCUGAGCCAGCUGCAACUCACGGGAAAGCUGCCUGAGCGUAGUGGCUUGUGGGCCCUGUCUCUGUCUCUGAGCGCUGUAAACCUCAGCGAGAGCGCCCAAGGAAAGAUGGCUCCAGCCCAGCUCACCCAGAUAUAUGUGACUGCAGCUGCAGCCCUGCGUACUGUACUGGGUCUCCAUAUUUCCUUCCUGCCCGGUUACCUGUUGAGCUGUGCAGAGAGCAUUGCCAGUCAAUCGGAAGCAAAGCAGAUCCCACACUGCCUGCGCUGGCUUUUCACGCCAUUGGGCAGGCAGUUCUUCCUGAGCUGCGAUUGGUCAUUGAAGUCAGAAAGCGGUGGUGUGGUGUUUACGUUGCAGAGAGAAGACCCAGCGGACCCAAUUGCCCAGUUGCACCGAUGUUUCUGCAGAAAGCUGCUGGAGAGAGCCGUACACACCCUCAUCCAGCCACAGAGUGAAUCUGAAGGAGGCAAACACAAAGCCAGCUCAGGGGAGUUUUCCAGUGCCCUGGAAUUCCUGCAGCAGCUGAAUAGCUGUACAGAUGACUCUUCCUCUGCUCUUCCUCCCUUCUCGACUCCUCCCAGUCACACCAUCACACCAGUGAGAGAUCCAGUGAGCCGUUGGUGGGCUUUAGUGCUAAAGGCCGCUGUCAACUGGCUUCAAGGAGAGGAUGCCACUGUGAGGUCAUUGCUGGCAGAUGCAGAGAGAAUGCCGAGGGCCCUGCAGACUCAACAACACCCUCUGCCCAAAGCUGUGCUUUUAUUGUGCAAGUCAGUUCAGAAGAGUCUGUCACCCCUGAAGGGAGACGGGACGCAAGCCUGCCUGUCCCGUUGCGACCAAGCCAGCAACUACCUGCGCUCCAGCAUCUCUUUGCACCUCGGCCAGCCUGGGAACUGCCUAAGCAAGGCAAUGGAGCUCCUGGUAUGUGACCUGCUGCUUACCUUGAGGACCAGCUUAUGGCAGCGGGGAAGCAGCACUAAUGGAGAACCUGGCCCAGCACCUGCGUCUCAAUUGGCCGGGUUCCAGAACGACCUCAGUGCACUGAGAAAGCUCACACAAUGCUCCAGACAGGCGCAACACAAGGUGUUCCUCCAUGAGACCACAGUGAGGCUGAUGGCAGGAGCCUGUCCAACCAGGACACAUCAGCUGCUGGAUCACAACCUGCGACGUAGAACACAUGGCUCCUACACUGCAGAGGGCGAGAGGGAGCGGGCUCAUGCCAUUCUGCUGGCCUGCCGCCACCUGCCCAUGCCCUUGUUAACCACACCUGGGCACCGUGCCCACCUGGUGGCUGAAGCCAAACGCAUCCUGGAGCGUGUGGGCGAUCGUCGAUCCCUGCAGGAUUGUCAGCAGAUCCUGUUGCGCCUGAGCGGAGGCACGGCCAUCGCUGCAUCCUGAACACACACACACACACACACACACACACACACACACACACAGGCUGCUUGCUGUUGAUGAAACUCAUUAAGUUACAGUAUGCAAAUGAUGAAUAAGAGUCAAAUCAUGUGCAGCCAUACAUCCGUCAGCCUACACCCCCACCUCUUUUUUGUCGCCUCUCUUGCUCUGCUCUACCACAAUUUUAUCACCUUUUGGUCAUUCAUGGUACAAACUCAGCUCACUCCCUCAUUUAAAAAAUUUGUAUAAUAAGGAAUAUCAGGUGAAAUGAUUUCCCAAGGAAAAAAGGGAGCUGUAUAUAAACAGCUAUUGAAAUGAAUAAGGGUCACUGUCGAUAUCGAGCUGCACAAUAAUCAGUGUGCAAGCUUUCCUUAUAAGGGCUGCACAACGCACAGACACAAAGACAGACUGGCUUACCUUUAAUCAUUCAGCGCGAAGUAGUGUCACUUCUUAUCUACCUCACACGCAGUGAAAUAUACUGUGGGGCAAAAUCAAAUUUUGAAGAGAAUGUUAAAAGUGCAGCUUCCUAUAAAUCACACUGAGGGGCUUUUUCCCCCCCUUAAAAGAUGGCUGGAUGUUAAUAUGUUGGGAUUGUUACUAAUGCCUACUUACACAUACACAUACGGGACAUGUACAAUUUACUGAAUGUUAAUAGUCUAACUGUAUAUAGGUUGUAAAUGCAGCUAUGCUAUCUUUUCAAGUAGGAAGACCCACAUUGAGGCUCCAAGUUGACAACAAUUGUUACUUGACAGGUCCGCCUGGUGGCUGGACCAGCAGAGCAGUUUUAGCUGCCUUGUCCCAAGAGUUGUCUUUCAAAUGCCCAACAAAAAUAAAAAACUUUAAAACAAAAAAAAAUUAAAGUCCAUGAUAAUUUAUAACUAAUAAAAAAAAUUCUUACCACAGGUAAAUGGAUUUUCAAUGUGAGAAUCCACCUUUUUCUAUUGUAAUAUAAAAUGUUUCACAUUUGGUGUAAAUCUUUCAAGUAAAAUACCCUUAAUUUUAAACAAAAAAAUAUUUUUAGCCUAUUUUUUGUAGUUUUUGCCUCACCCAUCACAUGGCACUUCUCUCAUUCCUGUUUUGGUGUUCUUAUUUAAUGUUUAUGAGCUAUAUCGAUAAGAUAUAGUGGUGAGAAGGACAAGACUGGUUUUUGGGUCCGUCUUACAUGUUAAAGGCUUUUCGCACUCUGUCACGGAAAGAUGUUUAAACGUAACCAUGAUACACACAUUUUAAACAGAAUGGUAGUUUGGGGUUUUGUAGACUGCAAGUUAUUUCAUCUCUUUAUAAAUAGUAAACAAAUAUUAGAGGUCAAACCAAGCAGACAGUUAAUUGUAUUUCUUGACUGUGCACUAAGGAGCGAGCAAUGCUCAGUUAGCCACAGAUGGGCUGGGUUUAUUAUCAUUCUUCUGUUGUUGUGAUUAUGUAACAGCUUUUAACAUGUUUGCCGUUUCUACUUUUCACAUUUCUGUUUAUUUUGUUGUUGGUGUUUUUUUAUGUGUAUAUGUAAUAAAACAACACGUUCUGUUGGGAGAUAUUCUUUGUCUUUCUACAAUGAAAAAUGUAUUGUGAAAAUAGAUUCAAGGAGAUAUGCUGUGCACUUAUUUUUCACAAAUUGUAGGUGCCUUAAUGGCGUCUUCUGGGAUAAAAGCACACUUACUGUUAUGUGUUUAUAGUGGACACGGUCAAAAAUAGACCGAC